AUGUCUGUCUUCAUGAUCGUGGGAAGGAACGAGCCUCUCUACGAGGCGGAUCUCGGCUCUGGCGGCGGCGGGAACAGCAGCACCGCAGGGAGGUCUUCCGAGGAAUCGGCGCACCUCAACCAGUUCAUCGUGCACUCAGCGCUGGACAUGGUGGAAAGAAAGCAGUGGUCAACCCCGGCAACUUCUGCAUGAUCCAACUGCAAGCUCGACCGGUACAUGUAGAUGGGUUGAACGUGGCUAGUUCGUCCUCGGUCAUCUGCAGCAGACGAGUCAAGAAGAGGACCAUUGCAGUGUGGGAGCAUCCCCCGCUUAUGCCGGCAGGACACUCGCACAAAGCGGCGACCACACCAAGGGCGACGAGGGGCGGUCUCGGCCAUUGCCCAGAUUCUACCCCGUGCCCCUCCUCCUCCGCUGCUGAGGGAUGAGCGUUCUCGUCCAACGCCUCCACCCGCAAUUGUAUGCGGACCUCGUACGUUUUCGUAUCCGAGAAGGAGGCACCGGCGCUGACCAGAAGCGAGCGUGGACGGAGGGAAGAUGGCGUGAGGUACAAUCGACGAGGCAAGAUCGUAUUUACGUCAGAAGCAUGAAAAAAAA